AUAAACAAAAGCAACAAAAAUAAACAUAUAUUUUGAAAUAAUUACAACAUUGAAGCCAAGCUUUCGACUUGUAAAUACAUAACCUGGUGACUGAUGCAAACAACAUAACACCUCCAACAUUAUACGGCUGUGGCGUAUUAGAACACAGAGAACAAAUCAACGUGGACGGACAAUAACCAAAUCGAAAUCCAGGCAAAAAUUGAAACGGAACCUUAAUUGUUUAACGAAAUUGGAAAUAAAUCAAAUCAACAACAUUUUUAUGUCAACCAGCUUUGUUGUACGUCGAACACAAGGCAAACACUUUAUUUAUUAUAUAUAUACACCGUAGCUUAUGCAAAAUUCUUGAUACCUUCAAUAUAUUAUGCUUAUUAAUCGUGCGCUAUGCCAAAGUUGGUUAACACAGGUGACUUAUCGAUUUCAUAUUGGAAAUGGCGCAACACGUUUUCAAGCAUGCCACCAGAGUUUCUAUGUACAAAGAUGCGGAUCAGGUCAGCCGGUGCGUCAUUUCCAUGCACAGAAGGCCAGAUGGAGUAGCAUAAAGUCACCUGUCAUCACACCUGCAGGCGAUAGCGGCGGCCAUGUGCCAAUGAGCAAUGUAAUCAAGGCGAUCGCAUUUACCGGCGCAUUCAGCCUCGGUUGCUUUGCAGGUGCCACAAUUGUUGAAUACGAGAAUACGCGUAGCAUGAUCCUCUCUAAGGCGAAACAGGCCCGAUUCGGCUGGAUGCAGAGUCGUUCGUUGGUAGACCGUGAUAGCUGGUCGCAGUUAAAGAAUGACAUUAAACGUUUCUGGGACUCCCUGUCGCCCGGUGAUAAAACCUUUGCGCCGCUCUUGGUUUGCAAUCUGCUCGCAUUUGGACUGUGGCGUGUUCCAUCGAUGCGGAAUAUGAUGAUGACAUACUUCACAUCGAAUCCAGCAGCACGCAUUGUGUGCUGGCCCAUGUUCCUCUCCACAUUCAGCCACUACUCGGUUAUGCAUAUAUUUGCCAAUAUGUAUGUGCUGCAUAGCUUUUCAAAUGCUGCCGUCUUAUCCAUGGGCAAGGAGCAAUUUAUGGCCGUCUACCUCAGCGCUGGCGUCUUCUCCAGCUUGAUGAGCGUGCUCUACAAAGCGGGAACGCGACAGCCCGGCAUGUCACUAGGAGCGUCAGGUGCCAUUAUGACCGUCCUGGCCUACGUCUGUGCACAAUACCCGGAUACGCAAUUGAGCAUAUUGUUCCUACCAACUGUCACGUUCUCUGCGGGAGCUGCAAUCAAAGUUAUCAUGGGCAUCGAUUUUGCCGGCUGCGUCAUGGGCUGGAAAUUCUUUGAUCAUGCGGCACAUUUAGGUGGAGCCCUGUUCGGCAUCUUUUGGGCAAACUAUGGCGCGCAGGUGUGGGCGAAACGCAUUAGCUUACUAAAUUACUAUCACGAGCUGCGCCGAACGAAACAAAAAUAAUAAUAUAAACUUGGGUAAUCAACCGAGGAUCAUCAUCGUUCAGCUUUUGAGGCUCGUGUUAUCAUGUGUUAGGGCGUUCAAUAAAAUCCACAAAUUAUAAA